GUGUACGGCUGCGUGCUCACACGUGUGCACCCACAUGUGCCAGGCGCAGCCAUGGCUCCCCGCUGCCGGGCGCUGCUGCUGCUGGUGUGGGCACUGGUGCUGCUGCGGGAGGGUCCUGGCGCUGCCAGCCCCGCACAACCCAGGUACCCCGGGGACGACGCGACCCUCGAGGAGCUCGAGCGCUUCUACCAGGACCUGCAGCAGUACCUGAACGUGGUGACCCGGCACCGGUACGGGAAGCGCUCCGGUGGGCGGGCGCUGUCCGAGGAGCCCUUCGGCACCGCGGGGUGCUGAGCCCCAGGGAUGCUGCGCGGCCGGUGGGUGAAGAGGAGCCUCCCAAAAGCAGCAACACCACCCACCUACAGCACCCACCAAC